CCUCCGAACCGCUGGGGGAGGGGGGGCACGUCAGCUACUGUCACGUGACCGUGCGGCCGUUAGAGACACGGCUUUCGACAGCGGGUAAAUUGAGCACAUGCAACAUGACCACCACACAGUUCCUAACCAUUGUUCAGGGGGAAGCAUCCGAAACAGACUCUGAGGAAGAACUCUACCUCACAUCCACAUCUCCAGCGUGCAUCCUGCAGGCAGGAGCAAAAGUGCCUGGUGAAGCAUCAGAAACUGAUGACGAGGAUGCAGGCUGCGAGCUGGAAGCAGCAACGCCAGACAUCCAGCAAGCCAUUCAGCACAAUCUCCCACCUCUGGUCGUGAUCCGUGACAAAGAGCCGGAAGUCUUGACUGGGGUGGAGGAGAAGCCGGCUGUGAAGUUUCGCCACCAGGGGCGGUACAGUAGUCUUCUGCAGCAGAAGCUGAGGGAGAGUAAUGUGCGCCUUAACCACAAUGUGGAGCACGCAGUCAAGCAGAUGUAUGAGAAUGCCACCAAGGAAAUCCGCACUGCUACCAGUCACCUCAGCAAUUCCCAGAGUGGGAUUAUUAAUGCAUCACACAGUAUCCGGUUAAUCUUGGAUGACUUGAAAGCAGUGACAGAAAAGAUGGACAUAAUCACAAGCUGCAACUUACUCCCUGACAUUCAGAUUCCACCUCGUCAGCAAGUCUAGUGCUGGACUGACGAAAUUUACAGAUGAAUAAAGUUUUGUUGCAGUCUUAAGGCUCCAGGCUAUCUCUGUAAUGGAAUGCUUCAGACAAGUUACAAGCUGUGGCAGCUUGAAUUAGUGCAUGUCAGCAAAUUGCAGAGGUAAUUUGCCCCAAUGAAGCAGGCACCUGGGGCAGAUUUAGAAACUGAGCUCAAGAAUUCUGUUUGCAUAAUCUUGUGGCUUUCUAUCUGUCAAUGUAAGUAGAUAAAGAUCAGCUUUAUUUGUACUGUGUACAUCGAAACGCUUGUCAUUUUGUGAAAUAUGUCAUUGGUAUCAAUGACCAACCCAGUCUGAGAAUGAGCUGGGGACAGCCCACAAAUAUCACUGCACUUCCAGUAUCAACAUAGCAUGCCACAACUUACUAACCCUGACCUGUAGGAAUUUGGAAUGCGAGAGGAAACCCAUAUGGCCAAUGGGCAGAAUGUACAAGCUCCCUAAAGCAAGAAUUGAAACCUGAUUGCUAAUGCUGUAAAGCAUUUCGCUAUCUGCUAUAUUACCAUGCUGCCUCAUGUCUGCUCUACCAAUGAUUGAAUCUUAGCUAAUACUUUGUGAAGGACACAAGAUUACCUGCAAAUUUAAAAUGGCAAUAACUAAAACUUCAAGACUAAUUUUUAAUUUGCCUUAACUCUGUGGAAGUACAUUUUUCUCUGAAAACUGAAGUUCGAAUGCAUGUCUGAUAAUUGUGAGCCAAUUAGUUGAAUUGUGAGGUUUAAAGUUCGAAGUAAAUUUAUUAUCAAAGUACCAAUAUGUCACCAUAUACGACUGAAAUUCAUUUUCUUUCAGGCAUUCUCAGUAAAUACAAAGAUACACAAUAGAAUCAAUGAAAACCACACAUCAAGCAAACAAUGUGCGUAAGACAACAAACUGCAAAUAUAGAAAGGAAAUAAUAGCAAUAAAUAAACAAUGAAUAUCGAGAAAAUAAGAUGUAGUCUUUAAAAGCAAGUUCAUAUUUUGUGGAAUCAGUUCAGUGUUGGUGUGAGUGAAGUUAUUCAUGCUGGUUCAAGAGCCUAAUGAUUGAGGGUUAGUAACUGGUCCUGAAUCCGGUGAUGUGGGACUUGAGGCUCCUAUACCUUCUUCAGUGAUGGCAGCUGCAGGAAGAGAGCAUGGCCUGGAUGGUGAGAAUCCUUGUAGUGGAUACUGCUUUCCUGCGACAGUACUUCUUGUAAAUGUGUUCUAAGCUGGGAUGGUGUUUUCUGUGAUGGACUAGACUGUAUCCUUGACCUUUUGUAGACUUUUCUAUUAAUGGGUAUUGGUGUUUCCAUACCAGGCCAUGAUGCAAUCAGUCAGGAUACACUCCAGCAGGGAUCAUUAGAAGUUUUCAAAGAUUUAAGUGAAAUAAUGAAUCUUCACAAACUUCUAUGGAAGUAGAAGCACUACCAUGUUUUCUUUGUAAUGGCACUUAAGUGCCAGGGCCAGGAGACACAGAGGAAUUUCAAGUGAAAAUCAAAAUAUUUCUGAACAAAAUAUUGGUCUCGGGUACAUGAACCAGAAAACGUGUUGCAAAAUACAGCUGGAUAGGUUCUUGAUGGAGACAGAAUCAAAGGUUAUGGGAAGAGGGGCAGAGGAGGGGAAACAAGAUCAGCCACAAUUGAAUGGAGGAGUGGACUUGAUGGACCAAAUGGCCUAAUUCUUCUCCUAUGUCUUAUGAUUUUAUGGUCUUAUGGAAAUAGAUUAGGUAAAUUUGAGGGGAGGAUGGAAGUUGGAGGCAAAGUUGAUGGAGUUGACGAGCUCCGCAUGGGUGCAGGAAGCAGCUGCAAUUUAGUCGGCUUGGAACAUACUGUUCAGUGUAGCCGACAAAAUGGCAGGCACAGCUGGGACCCAUGCCAGUGCCCAUGGCUACAGUGGGAGGAGCUGUAUUGAAGAGCGAGGAGUAUCUGUCUUAACAUGUCUGACAUUCCCUUCUGAGGCAGAACAUUCUGUCCUCAGUAAGGGUGUCACCUCUCUCCCACUGCACCCACACCACAGUGAGUUCCAUGCCUGCCAUGACACUGAGUUCUUCUUCUGUGGCCUCUGUCUCCAUGCCUACUUCUCCAGCCCACACCGAUGACCCCUUCUCCUGUCAUCGACCCUCCUCUUCCUGGACACCCUGCUCUGGUUUUCUGCCUGCUCUGUAUCUUUUCACUGUUAACUGCCAAUAAGACAUCCACCAUCCUAACCUCACCAUCAAACCCGCCGAUGGGGGUGGGGGAGGGUGCCAUAGUAGUAGUAGUCUACCUUGCUGAGGCCAGACGACAACUCUUAGAUACCUCCUAUUACUUAGCUCUCAAACAGGACCCCACUAAGGAGCAACAGGCCAUUGUCUCCCACACCAUCACUAUAACUCUGGCGAUCCUGUCUCCACUGCCACCAGUCUCAUAGCUCCUUCACCCCACAUCUUACAUUUCUACCUCCUACCCAAGAUCUAUAAACCUGCCUGACUUGGUAGGCCCAUUGUUUCUGCUUGUUCCUGCCCCACUGAACUUAUAUCUACAUACUUCAACACAGUUUUAUCUCCCCUGGUUCAGACCCUGCAUGCAUCCGUGUCACUUCACGUGCUCGAUCUUUUCAAUGAUUUCAAGUUCCUGACGCCGAUCAUCUUUUUAUCACUAUGGAUAUCUAGUCUCUAUACACUUCUAUCCCCCACCAGGAUGGCCCCAAAGCUGUUUCUUCUGGUCACCAGUCCCAACCAGUUUCCUCCACCACCAUUCUCCUCAGUCUGAUGGAACUGGUCUUCACUCUCAAAAAUUUCUCCUUUGUCUCCUCCCACUUUCUUCAAACUAAAAGUGUAGCCAUGGGUCCUAGCUAUGCCUGCCUUUUUGUCGGCUACAUUGAUCAAUCUAUGUGCCAAACCUACACUGGUGUCUGUCUCCCACUUUUUCUACGCUACAUCAACAACUGCAUUUGUGCUGCUUCCUGUACCCAUGCAGAACUCAACUUCAACAACUUUGCCUCCAACCUCUACCUUGCCCUCUAAUUUACCUGCUCCAUUUUUGACAGCUCCCACCCCUUUCUUGAUCUGUCUACCUCUAUCUCUGAGACAGUUUAUCUACUGAUGAAUUUUAUAAACUACUGCCUCUCACAGCUACCUGGACUAUACCUCUUCCCACCCUGUUACUUGUAAAAAUGCCAUCCCAUUCUCACAAUUCAUCUGUCUCCACCGCUUUGCUCUCAGGAUGAGAAUUUUCACUCCAGAACUAAAGAGAUGUCCUUCAAAGAAAGGGGCUUUACUUCCUCUACCAUCAAUGCUGUCCUCAACUACACCUCUUCCAUUUUGCACAAGUCUGCCCUCACCGCAUUCUCCCACCAGAUAUAGGGUUCCUUUUGUCCUCAUCUACUACCCCACCAGCCUCCGCAUCCAGCACAUAAUUCUCCAUAACUUCUGCCAUCUCCAAUGUCUCCCACCACCAAGCACAUCUUUCCCUUGCUCCCCACCCCAUCCCCCCAUUUUCUGCUUUCCACUGGAUUCACUCCCUACUCUACUCCCUUGUCCAUUCAUCCCUCCUUCCUGGCACUUAUCCUUGCAAGCGGAAAAAGUGCUAUACCUGCCCCUACACUUCCUCCCUCACUACCAUUCAGGGCUCUAAACAGUUCUUCCAUGUGAGGCAACACUUCACCUGUGAGGCUGUUGGGGUCAUCUACAGUAUCCGGUGCUGGUGGUGUGGCCUCCUGUAUAUCAGUGAGACCCAAUGUAGAUUGGGAGACACUGAGCACCUAUGUUCCAUCUGCCAGAAAAAGCAGGAUCUCCCAGUGGUCACUCAUUUUAAUUCCACUUCCUGUUCCCAUUCUAACAUGUCAGUCCAUGGCCUCCUCUACUGCCGCAAUGAGGCCACACUCAGAGGGGCAACACCUUAUAUUUUGUCUGGGUAACCUCCAACCUGAUGGCAUGAACAUUGAUUUCUCAAACUUAUGGUAAUUGUCCUGCCCCCCCACUUCACCACUCCUCAUUCCCAUUUUCCUCUUUCACAUCGUCUCCUUACCUGCCUAUCACCUCCCUCUGGUGUUCCUCCUCCUUCACUUUCUUCCAUGGCCUUCAGUCUUCUCCUUUCAGAUUCCCCUCCUCUAGCCCUUUAUCUCUUUCACCAAGGGACUUCCCAGCUCUUUACUUCACCCCUCCCCCCCCUUUCCCGGUUUCAACUAUCACCUGCUACCUUAUACUUCUUCCACCCCUCCCCCUACCUUCUUACUCUGACCUCAUCUUUUUCUCCAGUUCUGAUGAAGGGUCUCGGCCCAAAAUGAUGACAGUUUGCUCUUUUCCACGGAUGCUGCCUGGCCUGCUGAGUUUCUUAAGCAUUUUGUGUGUGAUGCUUGGGAUUUACAGCACCUGCAGAUUUUCUCUCGUUCCAAAUCUCUCAAACCUAGAUAGAUGGUGCUCACAGAUGUACAAGAUGCCAGUGCCCAGAUGCUUGCCAUUCAGUACCACCGUGAUCUUGGGCUCCUGUAGCUACACACCCUCAGUCGGGAGCAGAAAGCACCUCAGAAAAACCAUAGUGCAGUCAAUAGGACCAAAUAGUAGCCAACUCUUCCCACAGUGCUGCUCCCCAACAGGCCCAGCCCUCGGACUGGCAUUCCCUAUCUUGGGAAGCUCUCAGCCUAACUCAUUGAAUUUUAGAAGAAUGAGGGGGAAGCCUAACGUCCAAGGACACAAUGACAAGCAGGUGGGCCAAUGGGGUGGGUGGCUCUUUUGGUGAAAAAAAUGAAAUCAAAAUCACUUGAAAGAUGUGUAGAACUGUUGUGUGUAGAGCUAAGAAACUGCAAGGAUAAAAACAACAUAAUGGGAGUUAGAUACAGACCUCCAAACAGUAGUAAAGAUGUAGUCUAUAAAUUACAACAGGACAUAGAAUUGACUGAUAAAGGGGCAAUGUUGCAAAAGUCAUAGGGGAUUUUAAUAUGCAGUUAGAUUGGGAAAAUCUGAUUGGAGUUGGAUCCCAAGAGGGGAAUUUGGAGAAUGCCUACGAGGUGACUUUUUAAAGCAGCUCAUGUUUGAGCCCACUAGGGGAUCAGCUAUUCGGGACUGGGUGUUGUGCAGUGAACUGUAAUUGAUUAGGGACCUUAAGAUAAAGAUACCCUUAGGGGCCAGCGAUCAUAACCUGAUAUAAUUCGCCCCACAAUUUGAGAAGGUAAAGUCAGAUGUAUCAGUAUUACAGUAGAGUAAAGGGAGAUGUAGGGGCAUGAGAGGAGCUGGCCCAAAUUGAUUUGAAGGGAUCACUAGCAGGGAUGAUGGCAAAGCAGCAAUGACUGGAAUUUCUGGGAGCACUUCAGAAGGUGCAGGAUAGAUACUUCCCAAAGAAGAGAUAUUCUAAAGGCAGGAUGAUGCAACCAUGGUUGACAAGAGUAAGAUACAGAAAGUUUCAUUGGAUAUAUAAAGUGCAAAAAGAGAAGUGAGACUAAGUUCCAGACAGUUGGAAAAUGAUGUAGUAGUAAUGGGGGACAAGGAAAUGACAGACAACAUUUGAAUCUGUCUUCACUAUGGAAGACACUAGAGUAUGCAGGAAGUUCAUGGGUGUCGGGACAGAAGUAUGUGAAGUUGCCAUUACUAGGGAGAGGGUGUUUGGGAAAUUGAAAGGUCUGAAGGAAGCUAAGUCACUUGAACCAGAUGGACUACACCCCAGGGUUCUGAAAGAUGUGGAUGAAGAGAUUUGGGAGGCAUUAUUAAUGAUCUUUCAAAAAUCAAUGGAUUCUGGCAUAGUUUCGGAGGACUGGAAAACUGCAAAUUUCACGCCACUCUUCAAGAAGGAACAGGAGCAGAAAAAAAGGAAAUUAUAGGCCGGUUAGUCUGACCUCAGUGGUUGGGAUGAUGUUGGAGUCGAUUGUUAAGGAAGUGGUUUUGGCGUACUUGGAGUCACAUGAUAAUAUAGCCCAUAGUCAGCAAUGUUUCCUCAAGGGAGAAUCUUACCUGAUAAAUCUGUUGGAAUUCUUUGAAGAAAUGCAAGCAAGAUAAACAAAGGAGAAUCAGUUGAUGUUGAUUCUUGGAUUUUGAGAAGGCCUUUUCUCAAGGCGAGACCCAUGAAGCUGCUUAACAACUUAAGAGCCCAUGGUAUUACAGGAAAGACACUAGCAUGGAUAAAGUAGCUGAUUGGCAAGAGGUAAAGAGUGGGAAUAAAGGAAGCACUUUCUGGAUGGAUGCCAACAACUAGUGGUGCUCCACAGGGGUCUGUGUUGGGACUGAUUCUUUUUACGUUCUAUGUCAAUGACUUGGAUAACAGAAUUGAUGGCUUUGUGGUCAAGUCUGCAGAUGUUACAAAAGAUAGGUGGAGGAGCAGGUAGGUUUGAGGAAGUAGAAAGGCUACAGAAGGACUUAGAUAGAUUAUGAAAAUGGACAAAGAAGUGGCAGAUGGAAUACAGUGUCAGGAAAUAUAUGGUAAUGUACUUUGGUAGAAGAUUUAAAAGUGCAGGCUGUUUUUUUUUAAUGGAUAUAAUUCAAAAAUCUGAGGUACAAUGGGACUUGGGAGUCCUCAUGCAGGAUUCCCUAAAGUUAAAUUUGCAGGUGAAUUGAUGAUGAGGAAAGCAAAUGCAAUGUUAACAUUCAUUUCAAGAGGACUAGAAUAUGAAAACAAGGAUAUAAUGCUGAGUCCUCAUGGAGUAUUGAGUGUGGUUUUGGGCCCCUUAUUUAAGAAGGGAUGUGUUGACAUUGGAGAGAAUUCAAAGGAGGUUCACGAAAAUGAUUCCAAGAUUGAAAAGCUGAUCAUAAGAGGAGCCUUUGAUGGCUCUGGGCCUGUAUUCACUGGAAUUCAGAAGAAUGGUGGGGGGGGGGGGGGGAGAAAUCAGAAUCAGGUUUAAUAUCACCAGCAUUUGGCAUGAAAUUUGUUGACUUUGCAGUAGCAGUAUAGUGCAACACAGUAAUAGAGAGAAAACCUAAAGUAAUGUAAUAUUAAGAGAAAACCUAAAGUAAUGUAAUAUUAAGAGAAAAUCUAAAGUAAUGUAAUAUUAAAUAGUUAAAUAAAGUAGUGCAAAAAUAGAAAUUAUGAAGUAGUGAGGUAGUGUUCAUGGGUUCAGGGUUCAUUCAGAAAUUGGAUGGCAGAGGGGAAGAAACUGUCCUGAAUCGCUGAAGACGCGCCUUCAGGUUUCUGUACCACAUUCCUGGUGGUAGCAAUGAGAACAAGGCAGUGAUGAGGGUCCUUAAUGAUAGAUAGAGAUUUUUGAGGUAUCGUUCCUUGAAGAUGUCCUGGAAACUACAGAGGCUUGUGUUCAGCUGACUAAGUUUAUGAUUCUGCAGCAGCAACCACCCCAUACUAGUCAGUGAUGCAGCCAAUUAGAAUGCUUAUUGAAACCUAUCAAAUGGUGAAAGGCCUAGAUAGACUGGAUGUGGAGCUCAUUUAGAAAGGAGAUGAGGAGGAAUUUCUUUAGUCAGAGUAGUGAAUCCUUUGCUACAGGCUGCUGUGGAGGACAAGUAAUUUGGUGUAUGUAAGGCACAGGUUGAUGGAUUCUUGUUUAGUCAGGGGAUGAGGGAAUAUAGGGAGAAAGCAGAAAAUUGGGACUAAGAUGGAAAUGGAUCAGACAUGAUGAAUCAGCGGUUAGGUCAAGUCAAAUUUGUGCCACAACUAUGCCAGGUAGCGAUGGUUUCUUUAGGCAAAAGAAAGUCAAUCACUUCCAUAAGACAAAGGAGCAGAAUUCUGUCAUUCAGCUCAUCAAGCCUGCUCCACCAUUUGGUCAUGGCUAAUUUAUUUUCCCCCUCAACCACAUUCUCCUAAGUUCUUUGAAGCCCUUACUAAUCAAGGUUCUAUCAACCAAAUAUACCAAAUGAUUUGGUCUCCACAGCAGUGUAUGGCAAUUCAUUUCACCUCUUUCCAUCUAAAGAAAUUCCUCUUCAUCCCUUUUCUAAAAGGAUAUCCCUCUAUUCAGAGGCUAUGCCCUCUGGUCCUAGACUCCCUCACUAUAGGAAACAUGCUCCCUACAUUGAUUCUGUCCAGACUUUUUGAUAUUCUGUAGGUUUCAAUGAGAUCCCACCUUCAUUCUUUUAAAUUUCAUUGUGUACAAGCACAGAGCCAUCAAACAUUCCUCAUAUAAUAACCCUUUCAUUCCUGGGAUCAUUCUUGAAAACCUCCUCUAGACCCCUUCUAAUGCCAGCUCAUCUUUAAUUAAAUAUGGGCCCAAAACUGUUCACAAUAUUCCAAUUAUGCUCUGAUCAAUGCUUUAUAAAGGCUCAGCAUUACAUCUUUUAUAUUCUAGUCCUCUCAAAAAGAAUGUUAGCAUUACAUUUGCCAUCCUUACCACUGACUCAACCUGUAAGUUAAUCUUAAGGGAAUCAUGCAUGAGAACUCCCAAGUCCCAUUAUACCUCUAUUGCUGAAUUCACUCCCCUUUGAGAAAAUAGUCUACAGCUUUAUCCCUUCUACAAAAGUACAUGACCAUGUACUUCAUAAAUUAUAUUCAAUCCGCCACUUCUAAUUUAUCCAGUCCCUCUACAGACUCCCUUCUUCCUCAACACUACCUGCCCCACUCUUUCUUUGUAUCAUUUUAAAACAUGACCAUAAAGCUAUCAAUUCCCUCAUCUGGAUCAUUAAUACAAUCUUAAAAGUAAUGGACCCAACACCAAUCCAUAGGGAACAUCUCUGUCACUGCUAUAAGAAUCACCCCUUGUAAUAAUAAUCAGUGAGGCACAGAGAAUCUGUAUUUACCAACAAGUAACUUUUAUUGUUUCAACUAAAAGGCAUGUGAGUUCACAAAUUAUCUACCUGUGUGCACCCUGCUAGAAUCCCUGACAGAUAUAAAAAGGUAUAUUGCAGGAAAGGAGUCUACACCGAUCAGGCAUACCUCAUUGGUCCCAAUCUCCACGUGUUCAUGGGGUCCUCCUUAUCCACAAUGGUUAGUCUCUGAUCACUGGAGAGUUAUCACCCCUGCAAAUUUGGAGCUCCUGACUCUUAUAGUGUUCCUCAUGAAUUGAUUUGGUGGAUCUCCAACCCAUUGGCUGAAGGUCACCUGACCUACCUGGGUCACCUUCUUACUGGUCAUUACUACAGCCAAUACUGUUUCAUGGUUCUGCCCACCCCAGCCUCACGUAUUUGAGUCUUUUAACACUGACUGGUCCAAAUCAGUUAAAUGAGACAACCCAGACAGAGAUUACCAAUUGCUUGGUAAAGUCUGACACUUUACAUACCAAAUAGCUACUUAUCUGAGAAUGGUCUCAGGUUUUCCCAGUCAUUGCCUAAAAUUUCUUGUGUCCACAUCCAAUUGCUCUGAUCAGAUUAUCAGAGCAAGAAUCAGUGCAGAAUCCACAAAAUGGGGUAAACAAGGAUAACUGGUUUGUCUGCUUCCCCUGUUCUUGAUUAGACUGUAGUUUCUUCUGCCCAACAUCACUCACAGCCAAACAGAAAAGACUCCUUUAUUUCCACUCUGAUAAUUCAAAUAAACGACAUCCACUGACUCUUCUUUGUCUAUCGUGCUUGUUACUCUCUCAAAGAAUUCCAACAGAUUUGUCAGGCAUGAUUAAGGAAACCAUGAUGACUGCAGCCUAUUUUAUCAUGCUCCUCCACAUACCCUGGAACCUCAUCCUUUGAAUCUAACAUCUUGCCAACCUCUGAAGUUAGGCUAACUAGCCUAUAACUUAGUUUCUUUUGCCUCCCUCCCUUCUUAUAAAUGGAGUAACAGUUGCCAUUUUUCAGUCCUCUAGAACCAUUCCAGAGUCUAAUGAAUCAUGAAAAACCAUUACCAAUGCCUCCACAAUCUCUUCUGCCACCUCUUUCAGAACUCUAGGGUGUAGACCAUCUGGUUCAGGUGACUUAUCUACCUUCAGACCUUUCAGCUUCUCAGACACCUUCUCCAAAUUGCAAUUACGCCCACUUUUAUCCCCUGACGCUUUUGAAUUUCCGGCAUCUUGCCAGUGUCUUCCACAGUGAAAACAGAUGCAAAAUACUUAAUUAGUAUGCCUGGCAUUUCCUUGUUCUCCAUUACUACCUCUCUAGCAUCAUUUUCCAGUGGUCUAAUAUCUACCCUCGUCUCUCUUUUACACUUCAUAUAUCAGAAAAAGUGUUUUAUAUCCCCUUAGCUUGCUUACCUUCUAUAUUUCAACUUGUCACUCCUUAUAGCUUUUAUAAUUGCUUUCUGAUAAUUUUUUAAAACUUCCCAGUCCUCUAACUUACUAUUAAUGUUUGUUCUAUCAUAUGCUGACUCUUUUGGUUUUAUGCCAGAAUCUAAUGAUUCUUGAAAGAUCAUUACUUAUGCCUCCACAAUCUCUUCAGCUAUCUCUUUCAGAACCCUGGGAUGCAAUCCAUCUAGUUCAGGUGACAUAUCUACCUUCAGACUUUUUACCUUCCAAAGCACCUUCUUGACAUCCACUCUAUAUAAGCCUCUCAAUAUUCGGUAGGCAUAAGGUUAAUAUUUCAACUUGAACAAUUUUUGUUAACUACAUUAUGUUAAAGUCUGUAUCAUUACUUGGUUGUUUUGAGAUGUAUUUGAAUUGAAUUAAAUUGCCUUUAUUUCUUACAUCCUUCACAUACACGAGGAGUAAAAAUCUUUAUGUUACAUCUUCAUUUAAAUGUGCAAUUUAUAGUAAUUUGUAAUAAAUAGUGUG